AUGAGCAUGGAGGGGGGAGAUGAGACGCGGGCUUUUCAGCAAGCUAUUGGAGUACUAAGGAAUAUAUUGUCAUCUUCUGAUACCGUGCCAUCCUUGUCCUCAUCCCUUGAGCGGCAGAGGACAGGCUCAGCAGCACCUAAUGUUAAUCAUAGCGCUGUGGAAAGUGAGAUGCGGGAACUGUUUAGACCAGGCAACUCCAAAGUUCCUUCAGCAGUCCAAGCAGCAGCUAAUGAGACACAAGGCCAAACUGGAGGACUGCGGCGGCUGUCAUUGCGUUACCAGACUCAGCAACACUUUGGCAACUGGAACUCCCGGUCAAGGAAAAGGGCUAAAACACAUUAUCACGAUACUUUCAACAAAGACGUCAUCCUUCUUCCGAGGCCAUCAAGCAGUUUUGUUGUCAAACAUCGCACAAAGCAACAGUUACACGAACAAGGACAUAUAUUGAAUGGAUUUGAAUUCCAAAAAUCCUGGGACCAGAGGACUGUCAAUGAACAAAUACGGGAUGCCUUUGGAGAAAAACUCUCUGCUGAUGUGAACCUUGAGUUUCUGAUGGCAUGUGUCAACAGAUUGAUUUUGCCCAAACUGCGUGCUGGACAAGAGCUGGAUGCAAAUCUCAUACAUAAAGUCUAUAAAUCUAAAGCCCUAUACAUCAGACCAUCAAAGCCAAUUUUGGAUGAUAUUACAGGCUAUAGCAGUGAGGAAAACACUGGUUCAGCAAGGCAGCUGCGCUCCUCAUCUGUAAUACGAGAUAGACACUCAUUUGAAUCUACAGACGGUUUCACCAGCCGAAUGACUGCCUCCCCACCAACCUGUACGUCUGCAGUUCAAAUUUUUGGCUCUUCACCUGGGUGUGGAGCGUUAGUCACUCAAACAACUGCCUCGACAUACCAAAGCAGUAUUUCAACCAAUCACACCUGCACUUCAGCAAGCAGUUCUUCUAUUCAAUUGCCAGUGUGCUCACAGGAAAGCUGCCGUUCCUCCAGUCAGCCUUCUACCUCGUCGUUUGGAGGAACAACUUUAGUUGAUCCAACUGUGGUCCUGACUUGCCAAAACAGUUCAAGCUCACCCUACCAGAGCAGCACUCCAGCAACCAACUAUGAUAACUGCCUUUCAGUUAUGGCUGCACUGCCUGACAUGUCUUCUGAGGAUGAGGAAUUGAGCCAGGCUAUACUAGCAAGCCUACAGAGUGAAAGGACCACAGGACAUUCGGUGCCAGCAAGCGAUAUUUUGCAAGAUCUUGCAACAAAAAUAAACUAUCAGAGGAAAUGCAAGUUUAACAUUAACCGAUCCACAGUCCUGGAUGGAGCCAUCAGAGGUUUUAAACGAGGGACCUAUGAUCCAUGUCACAGUAUUUCUGUCAGGUUUUCUGAUGAUAUGGGAGUACCAGAAGAGGCUGUGGACUUAGGUGGACCAAGAAGAGAAUUUCUAAGACUGUUAAUGGAAGCUUUGCCUCUAUCUCCAAUGUUUGAGGGAGAAGGUGGCAAAAUGAACUUGGCCUUUGACAGUACUGCCAUGAGAGAGGACAGGUACUUCAUUGCAGGCAGGGCCAUUGCAGUAAGCUUUGUACACAGGGGUCCACCCGCAAGCUUUCUGUCCCCAACUCUUGCAGAUGGUGACCUGCGUGAAAAAAUUAAAAGGGUCACAGAAUGUACAUCAUUUGAAGAUCUACUAGCAACAACAGAGCCACUUGAGGAGUGUUUGGCCAAUGCUGGCUGCCUGAGGCCACUGCGGAGGUUGGAAGACAAGAAUCUGCUUGUAGAUGACAUCCUGAUGUUCCAAGUGAUACACAGAGUGCGUGGUCCUUUUGAGAGAUUUCGGGAUGGACUGAGGACACUUGGUGUGCUGGACAAAAUCCAAGCUCACCAGGAGAGUUUUCGCCCCCUUCUAUGCUGGUCUCCUACAACCCUCACAGCCGACCUGGUUGACAGCCUCUUCACCAUCCGCCUAUCUCCGGUUGGCAGCAACAGAAGGCGUGCUGAAGAAGUUGUUGUUCCUUUCUGGAGAGACUACCUAACAGAUGCAGAAGAUCAAGAGGGAACGCACAAGCUGGGGACAAUUCUCGCCUUUGCCACCGGUGCCAAUGCUGUUCCACCAAUUGGCUUCUCCCCACAACCUUCAGUUGAAUUUCUUCACCAAGAGCACAACACGGGAACCAUUUCUAAACUGCCCAUUGCAAACACCUGCAUCAAUUGCUUAAAGUUACCACUGCACACCUCUUACAGAGACUUUCAGGAAAACAUGGACUUUGCAUUGGGCAAUACCCAUGGUUUUGGCAUAGCUUAA